GAUCUCGGCGACGUGAAAGGCGCGUGGAGUACGGAGGCGUGGCGACGUGGCGGGUUGAAAGGGCGGCGGCGUGGCGAUAUGGAAUGCUGACUUGGCAUGAAGGUUGGAGUCGUGAAGGGUGGCGACGUGGAGGGCGUGGAGGGCUGCUGUGGUGUGAAGGGUGGCCUUGGCAUGAAGGAUGGCGUCGUGCAGGGCUGCCUCGGCGGGAAGGGCGGCGGCGUGAAGCGCGACCACGGCACGAAGAUCGGCCUCGUCGUGAAAGGCAGCGGUGUGAAUAGCGGCCUCUACGUGCAGGGCUACCUCGUCGUGAAGGACGGCGGCGUGGAGGGCGUGGAGGGCGGCUCGGCAUGAAGGAUGGCAAAGUGCAGGGCUGCCUCAGCGGGGAGGGCGGCGACGUGAAGGGUGGCGGCAUGAAGUUGCAAAAUGUGAACAGUGGACACCGGCGUUGUGUCGAUGAUGCGGCCACCUGCACACAGAGCUCGGUUUGAGGGACGCGAGAAUCGCUUCUUCGGCAUUCUGUCCGGACUUGAGAAUCCAAUUUUUGGCUGUGCUAUCCGAAACUGUUACGUCGUAUCCUUCCGUAUACCAUUCAUACCACACUACCGACAGCGAUUUGGCGUGCGAUCGCCUUCGUGGGGCCGUCGUCGCUAUCUGUGUGGCUGUGCCAGAGUCGGUUUUGCCACCAGCAUGCCCGUGCUGGCGUCUGGAAAUUGGGACAGAGUUCUCUAGAGAUGCCAUCCGCUCCUUCAGUUCAGCUACUUGUGACGAAAGACUUCCAAUUACCUCCAUCUGUUGCUAAAUGAGAGUUGUCUGUUUCUCAACAAGAUCGUCUGCUGUUGGUUUACCGGCGGCGUCAGGCUUGUCUGGAAUCUUCUGGCGUGCCACAUAGUGGCUGUGAAUG